AUGCUAUUUCAUUUAUCCAAACGUUAUUAUCUCUUCUAUCUAUCUAUAUACGCUUUAACUGUUUUAAAAGACGUCUAUGUCAUAAUUGUAAUCCUCGUUUUUGUUGUUUUUCCGAUAGCUUUUCACAGUCUUGCUGCAGAUGAAUCAAAUGUGCUUACUAUUCUAACAAAUUCUAUAUCAGAUUUAAAAUUUGGCAAAUUCUCUGAUCACCUGGUUUUUUCACGUGACUAUAUGAAUGUGAAAACUUGGGAUUCAAGAAUGCCAAGUCAACCAGUUGAAAUUUAUCCUGUUCAAAUUCAUUUGAGAAAGCAUCUCACAGUUCUGUAUGAAACUGAAUUACUAUUUGAUGAUUUCAAGUUAACUGUCUCCUCAGAUGAUCGUUUCAUAUUAACCGGUUCCUAUAGUAAUACAGUGAAAAUAUUUGAUCGUCAUAAUCCUAUUGAAGGUUCAUAUAAAUUAACUAUGCAAGAUGAAGAGGCUAGUUCAUUUAUUGAUCCAUUUCGUACAACAGAUGGUGGUGGUGUUGGUGUCGGAGGUGUUAGUGUUGGCGGCGUUGGUGGUACUUCAGUAUUUGUUUCCCCUUUACCAGAUAGUAUCGAUAUACCAUGGCCUAGACAAUUACACGAUGAAUUAAUCGAUAUUACUGAAGGUGGUGGUUAUUCUAAACAACUGUCAUCACCAUCACAAUCAUUCUCCCCCUCCCCCUCGCCCUCAUCAUCCUCAGCAUCAUCAUCCUCACUGAUCGAUAAUUCAAAUGAACAAUUAUUCACUGUCGACGUUGGACGGAAAUGGUUACAGGAAAACAAGUCAGAAUCAACUGUUGUUCCAUUCGCUUCACCUGAACCUUCUCGUUUAACAGAUCAGUCAAGUUUAUCCCCAACUAAUCUUGCUCCAGUUCCAUCUUCUGUAUGCCUUACACCUAUAGAUUUACCACCAGACAAUGACAAUGAAAGUAGUAAUAAAACACCACGUCGGAAAAGUACAAACAAUUCAAAGAAAGGAAGUAAGAAAGCCCAAGAAAAUACUAGAAAAACGACUACAAUUCAAGAUCGCAAAUCAUCAUCUGGAUUUCUCAAUUUACUACAGAAACUAAGACCAAAUAGCAAAGGUGAAAGUCAACUGCACAAAGCAGCAAUUCGGGGUGAUGUCAAUCAAGCACGAGAACUCCUUACCGCUGGCUUAUCACCAGAUGUUCGAGAUCAUGCUGGCUGGACACCGCUCCAUGAAGCUGCCCUACGUGGACACUGUGAAGUUGCUAAAGCUCUGAUCCAGGCUGGUGCUACUGUCGAUAUUCCCGGUGGACCAGAAUUGGAAACGCCGUUACAUGAAGCAAUACAAAAUGGUCAAGCGAACUUCUGUCAACUGCUACUUGAUCACGGUGCUAAUCCCCUAUUUCCAAAUAAUAAUGGUAUUACACCAGUACAACUUGUCGAUAAUAGUAUAUGCUAUGUAAAAGAUUUACUAAAUACUGAUUCUAAAUCCUCCUCGAAAUAUAAUGCUUCUUUCAAGAUAUUGUCUGAGAUUAGAGAAAUGAUUGACAAAGCAUUGUUGUCUUCUACUUCAUCGAAUAAAAAUUGUGUCAUUGAUAGCAGUAGGACUCCGAAUCUAUUGGCGAUUUCUUCUGCAACCACUUUUAUAGAAAGGCGACGUCUACGACCAAUUCUUCUAGGCACAGGUUUAACUAGAAUUCAACAAUCCUUAUUCACUCGUGUUGCCAAUAUGAUACAUGCACGUGUUGUUACUUCUAUUUCACCUGAAGUAACUCAUGUCAUAACUGGUGCACUUCAAGAAGCAUCUACAGAGUUAACUGCUGCUGCCGGUGGUGGAGAGACGAAAAGUGAUACAAAAAAGAAUAAUAGCACUAAAUCGAAAAGAAAUUCACGUUCACUUAAAAGUGUUGAUGCUGAAGCAAAUCAAAAUUUCAAUGGACAAGCAACAUGUCCGCGUACUUUGAAAUUUUUAAGCGCUGUUUUACAGGGUUGUUGGAUCCUGUCAUUCGAUUGGAUUGAGACUUGUGCUCAUAUUAAAAUGCGUGUAGAAGAAGAAGGCUUUGAAGUAACUGGAUGUAGUACUGCACCGAUGUCUGGUGCACCUCGUCGAGCGCGUCUUGCUCGUGAAGCUGGUUCCUUGGGAUUGCUCCAUGGUCAGAGGCUUUGUUUCCUAGGAAAUUUCUUAUAUCCUGUCCCGUCAAGAGAUGAACUCACUCGAUUGGCACGAUCAGGUGGAGCAAGUGUAGUAUUCAGUCGUGAAGUAUGCUCUCCAAUUCGAUUGGCUAGAUAUGCUAUAGAAUCUGCAAAUAAUUCAUCUAUAUGGGAUUUAAAUAUUGACAAGAUGAAUACAGGUGAAGAAAGCAAAGAAUGCGAGCAGGGCGUAGACGAGAGUAUAUCGUUUAUAGAUGAUAUGACUAUGAUGGAAUCCGACACUCCAUCUUCAUUACUUGUCUUAUAUGAUCCUGGUGUUUAUAAUAAAUCAUCGACAAAUACAACGACAUCUCAUAAAACUAUUUAUGCUGUAGAAACUGUUUCUAAGGCUUUGAAUUUAAUUAAACCGAAGAAAACUGCGACUUCAUCAGCAUCCAUAGACAGCUUACCACCACCUCUUCAAUUGGUACCGUGUACUUGGCUGUUAGAUUGUGCUGCAGAAUAUCGUCUACUGCCAUUUCCAAGUGUUGAUGUCGUUAAAUGA